AUGCGGUGAAACUUACUCCUUCAACCAUAAAUAAUACGUGUUAUAUUUUCUCUCAUAUCCUCUUGCUUUCUUGGCUUCUCUUCUCUCCUUUUCCUUUCUUCCAAUUUCUUUUUGUUGAACUCAAUAUGUGUGGGAUACUUGCUGUUCUUGGAUGCUCAGAUGACUCUCAGGCCAAAAGAGUUCGAGUCCUCGAGCUUUCACGCAGAUUGAAGCAUCGUGGCCCAGACUGGAGUGGUCUGUACCAACACGGUGAUUGCUAUUUGGCUCAUCAACGCCUCGCAAUUAUUGACCCCGCCUCCGGUGAUCAACCUCUCUUCAAUGAGGACAAGUCAAUUGUUGUGACGGUCAAUGGUGAAAUUUACAAUCAUGAAGAUCUGAGGAAGCGAUUGCCAAAUCACACGUUUCGCACAGGCAGUGAUUGCGAUGUCAUUGCCCACCUGUAUGAGGAAUAUGGGGAAAAUUUUGUGGACAUGUUGGAUGGAAUGUUUUCUUUUGUAUUACUGGAUACACGCGACAACAGCUUCAUUGUUGCCCGUGAUGCUAUUGGGAUCACUUCCCUCUAUAUUGGUUGGGGCCUUGAUGGCUCCAUUUGGAUAUCGUCAGAACUUAAAGGAUUGAACGAUGACUGUGAGCAUUUUGAGUGCUUUCCACCUGGUCACUUGUACUCCAGCAAAUUAGGUGGACUAAAGCAAUGGUAUAAUCCUCUUUGGUUCUCUGAGGCUAUUCCAUCUACCCCAUAUGAUCCACUUGUGCUCAGACGUGCUUUUGAAAAUGCUGUGAUCAAGAGGCUGAUGACUGAUGUACCUUUUGGGGUUCUUCUCUCUGGGGGUCUGGAUUCAUCGUUGGUUGCCUCUAUCACAGCUCGCCACUUGGCUGGAACAAAGGCUGCCAAGCAAUGGGGAACACAACUCCAUUCUUUUUGUGUGGGCCUGGAGGGUUCACCAGAUUUGAAGGCUGCAAAAGAAGUUUCAGAUUAUUUGGGUACUGUUCAUCAUGAAUUUCAUUUUACUGUUCAGGAUGGCAUUGAUGCCAUUGAAGAAGUCAUCUACCAUAUUGAAACAUAUGAUGUAACGACCAUUAGAGCAAGCACCCCUAUGUUUCUUAUGGCACGUAAAAUUAAAUCAUUAGGGGUGAAGAUGGUGAUUUCUGGUGAAGGUUCAGAUGAGAUAUUUGGUGGGUAUUUGUACUUCCACAAGGCACCCAACAAGGAAGAGUUCCACCAGGAAACAUGCCGAAAGAUUAAGGCACUCCACCAGUAUGAUUGCCUAAGAGCUAAUAAAUCAACCUCUGCUUGGGGACUCGAAGCUCGAGUCCCUUUCCUAGACAAAGAAUUCAUUAAUGUUGCAAUGGCUAUUGACCCAGAGUGGAAAAUGAUAAAAAAGGGAGAAGGACGUAUUGAGAAAUGGGUUCUGAGGAAGGCCUUUGAUGACGAAGAGCGUCCCUAUCUGCCAAAGCACAUUUUGUACAGGCAGAAAGAACAAUUCAGUGAUGGAGUUGGAUACAGUUGGAUUGAUGGCCUCAAAGCACAUGCUGCUCAACAUGUGACUAAUAAGAUGAUGUUUAAUGCUGAACGUAUUUACCCACACAACACUCCCAACACAAAAGAAGCCUACUACUACAGGAUGAUUUUUGAGAGGUUCUUCCCACAGAACUCAGCUAGGCUGAGUGUCCCUGGUGGAGCAAGUAUAGCCUGCAGCACUGCUAAAGCUGUUGAGUGGGAUGCUACAUGGUCAACCAAUCUUGAUCCUUCUGGAAGGGCAGCUUUAGGAGUCCACGAUUCAGCUUAUGACAAUCAGGUUCCCUCUGCCAGCAACGGCAUACCAGAGAUUAUUGGUAAUGUACCUCUGAAGAUGGAAGUUAGCACUCCCGGAGUUGCAAUUCAGAGUUAAUAGUUCUGAUAGGGGACAGGACUAUAUCCAAAUUUGAGGCAUAAGUUUAAGCAAUUACGAGACUUUGCAUACCCUGCUUUACAAAGGGAAUACAUAAUGUUAGGAAAGUAUUCUAUGGUCUUGUAAAGGUAAUGUGUGUUCAAUAUAUUGUACUUUCUCUAUCCUAAGACAUGCUUUUGAAGUGUGCUAUGAAUAUAUUUGAGUUAUUUUAAAGAAAA